GGUUCAAAAUGGCGGGGAAAGGCGAAGCAGCAUGUUCAUCUUGUGCUAUGGAAACCAAAUAUAUUUGUAUGAGAUGUAAGGUACAUUGUUGUACAAGAUGCUCAGAAAUGGAAAGCGAUGAAGAUACCCCAGGAUGGAAAGCGGGAAAAUCCGUAGGCUAUUGCGAAGCGUGUUUUUUAAGGAAGUUGGACGAACUUCAAGAAUCUGAUCAAAGCGAAACAAGCUCGCAUUGUGAUCAAGGUUCCGAAAACUGCUCGGGAAAUUUUAAACAGCAACUUGAAAAGAAAAUCGAAAGGUAGGAGAUAAUGAAUAAUGCUUUUUAACCCAAUUUAGCCUUGAGUCAUUAAAUUCUGUAAAAUAAAUUUUGUCUCCUGUUUUGUCUACAACAUACAGUCAAAUUUGACAAGGCAAGAUAAAAAUUUUCUACUAGAAAAAAUGUCUAUGAGGUCUGAAAUUACACGAGUACAUAUAAGGAAACAUUUUAAUAUUAAAAUAUUGAAAUAUAAUACCUGCCACCUGGAAUUAAUGGAAAAUAUGCAAUUUACAAAUGGGUGCAAUUAUGGACCUGCAAAUGUUAAUCAUGUGGUGGGAUGAGCUGGGGAAUGGGUGUAAAUUUUACAGACUGUAUGUCAUGUGGGCGAGCCAGGAGUCUGAAGAUGCCCUGUGGUGCAGAUAUUUGAAAUUUGCUGAAUUAUUAAUGCCCAAUUAUCUCAUACAAAGGCUUUCAAAAUGCAUGUGACACUGCUUGUGCUCAAAUUGCAAAGCUGGGUUUACUUUGAUUUAGCAUAAAUCAUUGUAAACACAUGUCUGGGUUGUAAGUUAAUAGCCGGUAUUGAACAACUGUCAAAAUCACAGUCUCAAUGUUCAUCCUGAGGGGGGGGGGGGGCAGGUGCAUCAAUGUAUUUCCCUCUUGGUAUUUAAAUGCUAUGUAUAUGUGGGGGGGGGGGGGCAGGUGCAUCAAUGUAUUUCCCUCUUGGUAUUUAAAUGCUAUGUAUAUGUGUUAAUGGUAAUGGGAGAUCCUUGUGCAUUGAUGGCUGAAUAUUGCAAUAAAAAAUCCAGAUAAAAUACUAUCACUCUGUAUUGGGUGAGGACGAUAGUACUUACGAGAAGUGUUUGUUAUUAAUAAUUCAAAUACAAAGGGAUUAAAUUGAAUUACUGUUAUUGGGGUAAAUACUACAAAGAUUUGAUCAGGCUAUCACAAGAUUGUAAACCAGGAAUAAAAAUAGGAUGAAACAUGCAAAUAUGGCAGUUGGGUGUUUCUGAGUUUGAAUUCCUGUUGGUGUUAAAACAAAUACAUAUCAUACUCUAUUUUAUCUUUUAGACUUAAAGAAUUGGUUAAUGAUGGUUCAUCAGACGAGGAAGAGGAGGAUCACACAAGAAAAGAAAAGAUUGGUUAAUGAUGGUUCAUCAGACGAGGAAGAGGAGGAUCAAACACAAGAAAAGAAAAGAAAGAAAAAGAGAAGAAGGGAAAAGAAAAGAAGAAACCUGGUAGAAAAUCUACUUGGAGUGUUGAGGCAAUUGACAAUUUUGUUGAUAUCAUAGUAAACAACAAUUACUACCAAAAGAAAUUGGUUUUCACCAACACUAAAAAUCAGAAAAAUGGAGAAAUAUAUGAGAAAAUUCUUAUUGAGUUGAAGGAGAGAAGUGCUGAAAGAGGUGAAGUAAUUCAAUUCACUGUGCCCCAGUUAAGAACCAAAUUUAAGAAAUGUGUCAGUGAGUGCAAGCAAGCAGCCCUAACUAUGAAAACAGCAACUGGGAUUAAAAGAUUCCAAGAAGAGCGUGGGUUUGGAAAGUGGUUUAAUGCACUCUUUGCCCUUGUAAAAUCAAGAGAUUCAUGCAAGCCUGAACUAGCCCUAGAGCCUUCCUCUUUGGAGAAACAGUCAACCAAAGAUACUAGUAAUGAUGAUGGUAAGGAAGGACUCUUCGUCCCAGUUAAGAAGAAGCAAAAAGUAAAAGCAAGUGACAAACUGAAUGAAGCUGCUAUUGAGGCAAUAAAUGUUGUAAAAGACACACUGAAAAACGAUCCAACUAAAGAUCUUAUUGCAUUCAUGAGAGAGGAAAUGGACAAGUCGCGUGACCAUGAAUUGAAACUGGUUGGUCUCAUGCAAGGUUUCAGACAAAGUAACACACCAUAUCAAAUUCCACAGCAUUUACCAUCUUUUGCUAGUAUGCCAUGUGGAGAGGGACCCCCACCAUCCACAACAAGUUACCCAUCAUGGAAUAUUGCAAUUGGUAGUCAUACCCAACCUGCAGCAUAUCAAAAUUCAGAUGUUAGCUAUAGCACUAUUACAGGUUCACAGCCCACAACCAGUGGAAUUCAUUGUGAUGGCAAAAAAACAUAUCAAAAGUUGUAAUGUGACAUUUGACCAUGAAACAACAAGUUUAAAUUAGUUGUGUUAACUGAACAUUUUAAUGUGUACUAAAAGAAAAGAACAUGCAUUACAGUAGAUUCUAGUAGAAACUUUUUUAUGACAUUUAUUAUGACAUUCUUUGAUAUUUCUGUAACUGUAUUAUUAAAGUUGGUGUUGGUUUUUAUAACGUAACAAACAACCAUUUAGUCUCAUUUUCAGUUUUUGUCCAUGAAGUCAAGAAACUUUUCCAGUUUCUUUCUCUAACCACACUUUUUGACAAAGUGCAUCUCUAACGUUCUUUGCCAAAGCUCCGGUAUCUUUUGUUUUUGGACAGUCAGUCAUUUGUAAUAGUUCUCUGAUCUCAUCGCGGUUUCGCUUACCCAGGGUGUCUGGGUUAAAGGUAAGGUCGAGUUUCUUUGAAAGUGAAUCGCCCUGUUCAAUACAAAUGUUGUGUAGAAUCAUGCAUGCAAGAGUACCAAGGCUUACCAGAUCCCUGUCACACUCAUUUUUACGAAGUAGAACCCUCCAUCUUCCCUUCAGUUGCCCAUACGCACCUUCUGUAACCAUACGGGCUCUGCUCAAUCGGUAAUUGAAGUAUUUCUGCUGAGGGCUUAAAACUGCAUCGGUAUAUGGUUUCAUGAGCCAUGUCCGAAGAGGAAAAGCUGCAUCUCCCACAAUCAAUGGAGGAACAUUCACUGUUCCUACAACCCUACCCAUUUCAGGAAUGCAGCUUUCUUGGAUUGAAUCCCACAAGACAGUCGAUUGGAAAAUUAUAGAAUCGUGCGAGUUUCCUGGAAAACCGCAACUGCCCCAUAUGAAUCUAUAAUGUGAAUCAACUAAUGCCAUAAGAACAACGGAAUAAAAAUUUUUAAAGUUAUGGUACUCUUUCGAUGCCUCUAGACCUCCAGAGGGACACUUUAUGGGAAUGUGGCAGCCGUCAACUGCAGCCCAGCAGCAAGGAAACUGCCAGAACUCCUCCAUAUCCAAGAUCUUUUUCGUAACUUCCUGUCGUGAUUGUGGCAUAUGUCUAGAUAUCGUGUUUGUCCACAAUUGUUCUACAAGGGCUUGACACACUUCUUGAACAAUCGAGCAAACCGUAGAAACACCCAGUCCUACCAUUUCGGCAAUUGUGUAGUAGUAAUCACCUCUUCCCAAUCGAUAAAGGCAUAGACCCAGCCUUAGCUCGGGCACAAUCGGGUCUUCAGCCAUUGUUUUUCUUUCCAGUUGGUGUUUUAUACGGUUUAAAAUAUAGACAAACGUCGCGCGAGAUACCCUGAAGGUUUUUUUAAAUCUAGCAUCAGAGUAACUUCCCCACACUUUCCCCCACCAACCAGUGUUUCGCCCCAAUCGACGACAGGUACGAGGGCCUCUUAUGAUCGUUGCACUGCUCCUCAUCACACUUAUUAUCAUAACAAGAAAAGAAAUAGUUAAAAGAUGUCUUCUUCGAGAUAUUAGCUGGUUCAUUGUGGAAUGCAGUAAUAAUCGUCGCCUUCUGUUCUGUUUGAUUAAAUUUAAGAUAAAAUUCAUUGAAUGUUCGUCUCCCACCAUUUUGAAUUUUGCUGCAAACAAUGAAUCCGCUGGACAGAUGUAUGACUUUACAGAUCGGAUGUGCACUAUUUAGAUUCGACUUGCAAUAAAUUCGACGUUUGAAUCAAACGUCGAACUUUAUUAUUUGG